AUGUACGAGUUUCAGUGCGUCACGGCGUCGUACAUGCUCUCGCUCUUCACCGACGACCUCAAGAUUAUUGAUGACAAGCUGAGUCGAGAAGUGAGAAAUGUGAUCCUCACCCAGUUUCCUGACCGCUGUCCAGAAGAGCUCUUUGUGUUUUUGGACAAGUACUGGCGAGAUUUGUCGUCGGAGGCCGGGGUCGUGAUGAAUACUUGUAAGGAGAUCGAUGGGGAGUUCAUCGAGUUGAUGCCGCAUUUUCAGCGAGCGGUGGCGACCACGAUCGCAGAAUCCGUCGUCUACGUUUCUUUUGGGAGCACAGUAUCAAUCUCCGACGAACAGAUCGAGCAGCUAGCCCUCGGCCUCUUGCACAGCCGUCAGCGUUUCAUCUGGGUCUUAAAAGACGCAGACAAAGGCGAUAUCUUCGCUGACAACGAAAACAGUACUAAACAGAGGAAACUGCCAUCAGGCUUCGAGGAAUCUACGUCAGAGACUGGAGUCGUAGUGCGAGGCUGGGCACCGCAGUUAGAAAUCUUGGCGCACCCGUCGACGGGUGUUUUCGUGAGCCACUGCGGGUGGAAUUCGUGCAUCGAGAGCUUGAGUUUCGGAGUGCCGAUGAUCGCUUGGCCGAUGCAUUCGGAUCAGCCGAGGAAUGCAACGAUGGUGUGCGAGUAUUUGAAGGCUGGGGUUUUGGUGAGGGGCUGGGAUCAGGAGACGGUAUCGGGUUCGGAGGUUGAGAGGGCGAUUGAGAGAAUGAUGGGCACUGAUGACGAAGGGAAGGAGAUUAGGAAGAGGGCAAAGGGGUUAGGGGAGGAGAUUAGAGGCGCUGUGAAGGAGAAUGGAUCGUCUAAGGCUGAGUUUGAUUCGUUUGUUCAGCAUAUUACUAGAUGAUGAUGAUGUUAUGUUGGUUUCCUUGAUUCUGAGUAUGGAAAAAUAAAUGGGUAAAUUUCACUCUUAA